AUGGCGAAUCCAAUUCACGCCCACGAGCACCAUAAUCCUACCAACAUGGGUAUCAUUGGUCUUCCUCAUGGUCCGGAAACUGGUGAUGAUCAUGUGUCGAUAUAUGAUAUGGGAACCGAUGAAGAGAUUUUCAAUGAGGUCCUUUACCCCGAUGACAUUUUCACCGAAGACCAUGUGUAUUGGGCAGAUCUUAAAUUAAAGGACAAAAUCUCCUUCAUCACCAGGACUGAGGGAGCAGACGCAAAGGAAGAGCUAAAGUCGAUUUGGGCAAUGAUGAAAGUGGACCCCCUCAGUCCUGUCAGUUGGUACUUCAGCAAUGCUGUUCUCCCAGGUGCUGGUUUGGGUCUGGAAGGAUAUGUUCUCUUCUCCAUCGGAAACUUGGCACCCCUCUUCUCAGCUGUUUGGCCACAAUGCUGGAAAACUUUCGAAGUUUGCAGUGAGCAAUGGACCUAUGCCGUCACUUAUUUGGAGAUUAUUGGUAUUAUUGUUGGUCAAAUCCUUGUCGGGUACUUGGGUGAUAAGAUUGGUCGUCGUUGGGGUUUGAUUCAAGAUGCCGUCAUCAUGUUUCUUGGUCUCAUCAUGCUCAUCGCUUCUUGGGGUACAACUCUCAACGGCUGGGUCAUCUGCUAUGCCUGGUCAUUAUUCUUCUACGGCAUCGGUGUAGGCGGUGAAUAUCCAAUGACAGCCACUGCUGCCAUGGAAAGUGCCACUGCACCAAAUCGCCGAACGACUAAAAUGGACCGUCUUCAUCGUGGUCGUAAGGUUACUAUGGCCUUCCUGAUGCAAGGCUGGGGUCAAUUUUUUAACCAAGCCAUUCUCAUCAUCUUACUCCUCAUUUUCCAUCAUGGAAGCGGGAACCCACCCUAUUCUCAAGUCGCUGCACAAUGGACAUUCCGAGUCUCUUUCGCCAUCCCCGCUGUCGGCACUUUGUGGCUUGUUUACUACCGUAUGUUUAAGAUGCCUCUCAUCUCAAAAUCACUAGAUAUGGUCAAGAAGACGACAAAUGUCACUGGAUACGAUAAAGAGUCUCUGACCUUAACCGUCAAACAUUUCUCGGGACGCUUGAUUGCUACAGCAGGAGCCUGGUUCUGCAACGACGUUUUCUUCUAUGGCAACAAAUUGUUCCAGUCCCAAUUUAUCAAGGUCAUCUCCCCAGGUUCAACAUCAAUCAUGGAAGGAUGGUUAUGGAACUUGGUCAAUGUCGGAGUGUCCCUUGCCGGUUAUUAUUGUGCAUCGUUCCUCAUUGACAACAAGCUCUAUGGACGAAAGUGGAUGCAACAAAUUGGAUUUUUCUUGGAUUUCAUUCUCUUCGUUGUUCCAGCUUUCCACUACACUUAUUAUACUAGCAUCGCUGGCAUUAAAUCUUUCCAGGCCAUGUACUUUUUGUCAUCCUUCUUCAACCAAUUCGGUCCAAACAGUGUUACCUUCCUCGUCGCUGCCGAAGUUUUUCCAACACCCAUUCGUGCCUCUGCACACGGGUUUUCGGCAGCUGUUGGUAAAUUGGGUGCCUUGUUCGCAUCGGUACUUUACAAUUUUAUCUCAACCCAGCAAAAGUUUUACAUCGUCCCAUGGUUCGGUCUUGCCGGCAUGAUCCUCACCUUUAUCUUCCUUCCAGAUACCACUGGUCUCGAUCUCAAGGAACAGGAAAGAAGAUGGAAAUAUAUUAGAUCUGGUAGAGAGUCCGAGUAUCAUGGUAUUGCCAUUCACCCAGCUCAUUUAUCCCUCUGGGAAAAUUGGAUGGGCGCUGGCAAGAACUACGACCCUAAGCUUGAUGCCGGAGACAAGAUUCUUGAAAUGCGCCAAGAAUGGGAACUCAAGCAAACUGAGAAAGGCAAGAAUGAAGAAGAUAUCGCAACCUUUGAUGAUGAGUGGAGUCAGGAAAUUCACCAAUACUUCCGUUCCGACAACACCCCAACACGGAAUCGAGUGCCUCGCGUGGAGGCGACAUCGGAAUCUACGAGCGAUGAGAUUACAAGAGAGAAGUAG